CAAGCGAGUUGUUUUAUGGAAGAUCUUCACAUUGUCUUCAGAAAAUCAAUUACCCUUCUUCGUGGACUCAAUACCGUCGAAAUAGGCUAUAUGUUUGCAAGUAGAGGAGGCGCGUUUCUGAAUCAGUUAGAUAGGAUCGUACUACCGAGAUACAGCUCGAAGUUGUACGAUGCACUGUUCGUCUACAUAUCAAAUGUCACUUUGCUAUCCACCAACAUCAACCACUUAAUUCAAUCUUCACCUGCCUUGGUCUCCAGCCUUGUGGGAAUUGGCAGCUGUUUAUCUAUUUCCCAAGAUAACACGGUCUUCAAGGAGGUCAAUAGAAAGAGUCUGCUAAAUAUCAAGGUAGUGAGAAUUACCAUGUUCUGCAUCGCUCUUGAAUUCGAUUCCGAAUUGGCGCGGGUAUUUGCCUGCUUUGUCGUACUUCGUCUUCAUGAAUCUUUCCUUAUGAAUUUACGAGUGCUUAAGCUUCUCUGUACCUGGCUGUGGUGUCUACGACUUGCAAGAAAGGAUCUGUACGAAGUAGACCAGAUGCGGAUAAACUUAGAGGAUGGAAGUGGAUUUGGGGACGAGCCACCAAACACAGAGACUAAGGCUUCAAGUCCGGCCUUAGUAGAUGCACAAGUUAGGGAACACCUCUCGGCCUUGGCUAGUCUUCAUUACAAUGUCAUCUCCAUGUCUUGUCGGCUUCAUAAAUUGAGGGAAGAGGUCGCUGCCAAGGCAUCCUCAGUUGCGCUGUUCGAAGUAUCCUCUGAGGAACUUCAGUCGAUGCGCAUACUUUUGACUAAUUGUCAGUACUGCUUGGAUGAAGCUGAGAAGACUCUUCAAAAUGAAUCUGCCAAAUUGACAGAGUCGGUUCCAGUUCCUCUGGCGUCUGAGCCGACGUCCAUAGUGGAAGAGAUUGGCGAGCUGAUACCACUAGAUUCCGAACAACCUCCGGUUGAAGACGAGUGCCUGGAAGCAAUUGUUGGAAAUGAUGAUCUGCAGACAAGGGGAGAGGAGGAUCUCUACGAUGAUCUCGAUCAAUUAGGUCAGCCGGUUAGCAAAGCUGAGCUGCAAAAGCGGAAUGCAGACCGCGCCAUCCUCCUUACCGAGCUUACCUCUGUGAUAGCACAUCGAAUGGUGGAGACAAGGGAUCGUGAGGCAAAAGCACUCUCUCGUUCAAGGGGUCUUCUGAACUCCAACCGGUCAUCACCGCCGCCCCCAUCUCCGCCGCCUGCCGUCUGUGAGAGACCGUCAAUGCCAAUUUCGGUACGUCAAAAUUGUCAACAACGCAUAGUCAUUCGUUAG